AUGGCAGAAGAAGUGGAGGGGGUACUUUGUACCUUCAAGGGCUGCAGACUUAGCUUUGAAUCCGUCGGCGAGAUGCAACACCAUAAGUCCAAUGCGGACAAGCAUUCUUACUGCAUGAAAUGUGACCUCGACUUCCAAUCUCAGCAGACCCUCCAUCUGCACAAGAUAAUGAGCGACCGUCACUUUGCUUGCCCCGAAUGUUGCCUUGAGCUCCGCAGCGAGGCUGGUCUGGAAGUUCACAUGAGAAACAACCAUCAUGAAGGUCGUGCAAUCGCUUGCAUGGGCUGUGGUUGCAAGUACAAGUCCGCUUCUGCAGUCAUUAAACAUAUCGAAGACAAGGAAUGCCCUGUUCUUAGCCUGCCAGAAAAGUCCCUCGAGGGCACCAACUAUGACCUGCACGGCGCAACAAGCGUUCUGACCAUGGGAAGACACUCUCCUGGACCGCAGUCCCCGCCCUCUGACAGCUCUAGCGAGGACCCGGAUACGGAUGGUGGUGUUCUGCUAGAUAUCUCUACACCCCGCAUGGAAGAAAAGCGCCCUGCUCGCGAUACCGCUGAUGCAAUUAAUCCUCGUGAUGACUGGCCCGAUCUAGGCGCUCCAAUGACCCCAGGCAAAGGACAAGGAGGAAGUACCUCCACUGAAUCGCCCGGGGGUGUGCUCCUCGAUGAUAUUGUCAGUACCUCAAUGCUCCAGGAUAACCCUUUUCUGUCUGCUCAAGAAGCCACUGGGCAGUUGAGCGAGGCGGGUCCCUCUGCAUCUACUCUCGCCGUCCAAGGAUCAGACCCUUCGAACUAUGUUAAACCAAUUCGUUGCCGAGCCACCGCUCACCGCAAGAUCCAAGGCGUGGACCCCGAGAGCUUCUGGAAUCAUGAGAAAAGUCGCUACUACUGCAACUGCGGUUCCUCAUUCUUGUACGUCACCACAUUUGAGUAUCAUCUCACGAUGGAGGAUGAAACGAUCAACGAUUGCCCUCGAUGUUUCAAACGAUUCAGGACCCUCGCCGCACUCGUCGCGCACAUGGAAGCUCGAUGGUCUAAGUGUGCUUUCCGUGUAACCACUGGCCAAAUCGAACAGGAACUCAGUGAAGUUACUCGUGGCUUUGCCGAUAUCCCGCAACUUAAUGAUGACGGAAUAGAGGCUGGUGAGAUCACUUUCGAUGUGAGUAGCCAGCCUGAGCACAAUACUCCCGGUUCUUCGGAUGUGGGCGUCCCAUCUGUGAGUGCAGGAGAUGUCUCUUCGAACCCUGAGGCCAUCUCUUCGAAUGGAUAUGACAUCUAUUCCAACGCAGAUGAUGUUUCUUCGAAUGCAGAGGCUGUAUCUUCCAACGCCGGUCUCGUGUCUUCCAAUGCAGGGGCAUUUUCCUCAAACGUGGAUUCCCUAGUGGAUGAUCUGGAGGGACUUGUCUUUUCCGAUUCGUACGUUGACGAUGAUGAGGAAGAACUUUGA